AUGGCGCCCAACAGCAGCAGUGAAGACGACUCGCGCCUCCUGGCGGCCAGCAUGGUGGGGCCGGCGCGACCGACGCCCGCAAAGAAGCAGAACACCGCUACCAAGCAGAAGAAACCUGGCAAGACGCGCGCGCUCUCCACGGAGCGCAGUCGGCAAUGCCGCGAGCGCCAGAAGCUCUACUCGGAGAACCUCGAGGCCGUCGUACGCGCGCUGCGUACGGAGGUGUGCGACCUUGAGAUCUUGCGGAACCUCCGCCGCGAGCAAAGUCUGCAGGUUCGCGGCUCAGUCUCUGGAUCGCUCGCCAAGAUCGUACGCGAGUACAUGACGGUCUUCCGGCAUGGUGUGCCGGCACCGACAGUGGAGGCCGCCACCACCGGCAAAAAACGCGCGCUCGCGGCGGUCUACCAGCCGACACCUGACGCCCAGCGCGAGUUCCUCAACUGCAUAAUGGACCCGUACGUCGAGGUGUUCGACUGGUGCGGGCGCUUCGUGCUCGGCGCCAGCACGCUGCUCAACGGCUGGACGGCCUGGGCGGCGUGGCACGACUCGCUGGACUUCGAGCUCGUGGACAUCGACGUCGUCGACACGGAGGAGACGCUGGCCGUGACCACCAAGGCGAACCUGCGCGUGCGGGUCUCGCAGAAGACCAUUGAGCAUCUCUUCCCGCACAUUGCCGGCGACCAGCAGCUGUGCAGUAGAAUGCUCGGGCAGGAAAUCUGCUACCCGAUGCGCGACACCUUCUUCUUCGCGUCCAACAAACGGGUCAUCAAGUACGUGUGUGACAUCGACUUCGCCGACGCGCUGCUGCCCGUCGCGGGCGACUACGAGACCGUGCUGUACCUCAUGUCACCGCCCAACCAGGCGUCUCUGAACGACCUGGCUGUCCGCACCUCGCCCACCGACCUGGCCGAGCGCUCGCGGUUCGACGUCGAGUUCCUGCUGUCGGAAAACGACAGCGAGCAGCACGGCGAGUCAGGCGCUUAA